AUGUCCCAACCCGCCUGGGAGAACCUCGCCAUCUACCGCGCCGGCAUUGUCCCCGUCCUCUACCAGCAGGUCGCGUGCCAGAGGCAGGGCGGCCUGCGCUUCACCAUGAACGGCUUCAACUACUUCAAGCUUGUGCUAGUGACCAACAUGGCCGGGAGCGGGUCGGUCAAGAGCAUGUUGGUGAAGGGAACCAACACGGCAUGGAUCCCCAUGUCCCAGAACUGGGGCGCUAACUGGCAGUGCCUAGCCGGGCUGACAGGACAGGCCCUCAGCUUCGCCAUCACCUCCUCCGGCGGCCAGUACAAGGUCUUCCAGGACAUGGUACCGGCCUGGUGGCUGUUCGGACAGACCUUCACUACCUGGCAGCAGUUCGACUACUAG